AUGUACCUUCAACACCACGCCCCGGGAAGCCCAUUCGCUAACAUUCCCGCUGCGCCAAGGGUCAGCCGCCGGCACACUGAACCAAUGGCCCAGGUGAACCUGGACGAACGGCCCGAGACAUUGUCAUUCUGGACAGAACAAGAGCUCUACCAGCGGAUGACCGACACGUUCAGGCCGCUUGUAGGUAUCAUAGGACGCAUCGUCCAGGAGCAGCUACACCUCCAAGAGCAGCCAAAGGUCAAAUUCGACAUGUACCCAGUAAGAGCCGACGAUGUCACCGGUAUGCCUUUAAUAGUACCACACUCCAUGUCGCGCGGCCCCAUGUUCCAAAUCACGCUGCCGGCUCCCGGCGGCACCAGGGCUGAGCUCGAGAGGGUGCGGGAUGCGCUGAUCGACGAGUUCGCGACGCACCCCAACGCCUGGCACCGACAGGCCGGAUUCGUGUUCCGGAUUUCGCGGCGGUUUCGGGUAGGAGCGUGCGCUGCUGCGAAGAGGUCCUGGGUCCCGCCGUCGUGUGUCUAUAGAUACUCGCGCACCGAGCGGCGCUACGUAGCGCAGUAUCUCUCGCCGAUCCUGGAGGAUAUUCGGGAGCUCGAUGCGGCUUUUGUCCACGGUGAUGAUAGCGACGAUGAUCAGGACGCGCUGGUGAAUGAUAUGUGGAGGGAUGUGCGGCGCCGGAGCUACUUUGCAUGCAACCAAGAUCCUAGUGCAUAG